ACACACACACACACACACAGGGACGGGAGGUGGUGAGGCAGUUCUGGCAGACCGAGUGUGUGUGUGAUGGAGUGAGCAUGGCUUUAGCACUAGCAGCAGUGUGUGAGGUUUCAGUGGGGCAGUCACAUGUUUAACAGGUCAGUGAUGAACACACAGCGAUAUAAUGACCUCCACUGGACCAACGGCAGAUGGUUCGGGCUCAGGCUGCUCUCCGCUGGUUAGCAGAAUGCUGUUCUCUCCAGAGCAGCAGGAUCCCGUGGCUGUCGUGCCCAGCGUUGAUGAGCUCAGUCUGGGCCUGUUGUCUCUGAGCCUCCCCUGCUGGACCCAGCAGCCCUGGAGCCGCCCUGAUCCCCAGCGCUCGACCCAGCCCGCGUUUAAUCUGUUUGGUGCUUCACGAGGCGGUGAUUCGGUUCAGCAGCUGGCUUUCCAGACCCGUGAUUCUGCCGCUGGAGCAGAUCCACUGGAGCGCUUCUCGAGUCUGAUCCCAGCGCUGGAGCCUCACUCUCUGCUGCACUCUGGGUCCAGCAGUCCCGUCAACUCCGAGAACAGCGUGUUCUCUUCAGGAUCCGAACACCUGGCCUCUCUCAGAGUCUCAACCCCGUCGCCCCUGGUGCUGCCUGAACUGCAGGCGGAGGGCGUGAAACUGGACGCAGUUGCCCGUUUGGGGCAGAACCCACUAACCACCUUCACGAACGCUCCCAGUGCUCAGGCUGACGGGUCAGUGUUUGGGUGCUGGUCCACAGGUCCCAUCUGGCCCGGCUGGGACACUUUGAGCCUGAGCAAACCCUCGUUCUGCAUCGAGAGAGAGGCCAAACUUCAUAAACAAGCUGCAGCCGUGAAUGAAGCCACUUACACCUGGGAAGGGCAACUUCCUCCACGCCACUACAAAAACCCCGUUUACUCCUGUAAAGUGUUCCUGGGAGGUGUGCCAUGGGACAUCACAGAGGCAAGUCUGUUGCACACAUUUAGUGUGUUUGGUCCAUUGAAAGUUGAGUGGCCUGGUAAAGAUGGUAAACACCCACGCUGUCCUCCUCAAGGUUAUGUGUACCUGCUGUUUGACUGGGAGAAGUCAGUGAAGAUGCUCCUGCAGGCCUGUACUCAACACCGCCUGCAGUCUGACGAUUAUCUCGAGUUCUUCUACAAGCUGUCCAGCAGGCGGAUCCACAGCAAAGAUGUGCAGGUCAUCCCGUGGGUGAUCUCGGACAGCAAUUUCGUCCGUUGUCCCUCCCAGCGUCUCUGCCGCAAUAGGACCGUGUUCGUGGGCGCUCUACACGGGAUGCUAAAUGCAGAAGGCCUGGCACACAUCAUGGACGAUCUCUUCGGAGGGGUCACGUACGCAGGCAUCGACACAGACAAGCACAAAUAUCCCAUAGGUUCUGGACGAGUGACAUUUAGGAGCCAGAGGAGCUACUUGAAAGCCGUGACUGCGGCGUUUGUGCAGAUAAAAACAUGCAAGUUUACCAAGAAGAUCCAGAUUGACCCGUAUCUGGAUGACUCCAUGUGCCAAAUAUGUAACAGUCAGCCCGGCCCGUUCUUCUGUAGGGCCCAGGCUUGUUUUAAAUACCACUGUCGGUCAUGCUGGCAUUGGCGUCACUCUCUGGAUGUUUUGAGUAGCCAUCAGCCACUCAUGCGCAACCAGAAGGGCCUGAACCCCCACUAAACCCAGCGUCAGCGGCGUGGGGAAGAGUCCGGACUGAGUUCACUGUUUCUUGAAAGGAUGUUGGUGUGAGUCUGAGGGGAAACAGGGGCGACUCACUUGAGGAGGUUAUUGCGUUGUAUUGCACUGCUCUCGUUCAUUAAGGCUCUAUGCACACUAAAGGGUUCGUUGAUGCUGAGCCACUUGCACAGUUAACCAGACAGCCAUCGCCAUGGAUAUCUGAUUUUAAGAGUUGUAUUUUAAAUUUAGCAUGAACAGAAAUUAGUUUCUUGCAGUUUUGACCCUCUGCAGGCAAAUGCCAGUCGGUGCCUUCGGCUUCUUUUUUGUUACCAGCUUUUCCAGACCUUUUUUUUUUUUAAUUAUUAUUAUUAUUGGCUGGUUAGCUGGUGAUUUUUAGAGUUUUUUUUUUUUUAAAAACAGAUUUUGAAGUUGGGCUGUCUCAGUGUCUUUUCCUUUAGGGCCUUUUUAUUUUGUUUUUUAACACUAUUAAAUGGUUGAUGAGCAUCUUGGCUUGUAAAAUGCUCCAGGAAGUGACAUCACAGCUGGCUGAUGCUGUUGCUUAGCAACCACCCCGCUGCACCCCGUCAAUCAUCCAUCAGAUUGAAUACAACUCUUGUUAGCAACUCUGGAUGUUACUCUGACCUCUGUGCUGUACAUAGUUUUUAUCAAAUCGUAGCACUUUUUUAAACAUGGCACUAGGGAAACGUUUGCCAGUGGUUUUAAAUUUGUUUGUUAGAGCAGAUCGAAGUGAAAUCCUCGCAUUGAGUUUUGUAUUUUGCUUUAAACACUCCUAACCUUAGUUCAGUAAAUCUGCACGGCUCUGGUUUCUCGCUGUGCCAAAGAGCAUCAUCUCUUCCUUGUUGCCUUUUGCAGCUGCUUUUUAGAUUUUCAAAGUCUCUACCUCAUUACUCUGCAAGUAUUGCCAUGGUUAUUUACAAAUGUUCAGAGUGGACAAAAUAAAGUUGUUGAAGCAUCAA